AUGGCGAAGUACGCGGUUUCUGACGCUGUGAAAUGCAGGAUGCUUCCAUCAACGUUUCGAAGUGCGGCAAAGGAAUGGUUCACGAAUCUGCCUCCAGGAUCCAUAGCUAAGUUCCGCGAUUUCUCAUCAAAAUUCCUUGACCAUUUCUCUGCAAGGACGAUCGAGGAUCUGUUUGAUAUUCGGCAGGAGGAACGUGAGACCUUGAAACAAUAUGUGAAACGAUACAGUGCCAUAUCUGCGAGGUUCGAGGAAUUGCAGCCACGCGUGUGCGUGUGCGCUUUCAAAGGCGGUCUGUCCCGGGGAGAAUUUUAUUGCGAGUUGAGUAGGGAGCUGACAUGCUCAAUGGUGGAAGUCCGCGCCCGAGCGCAGGACUACAUCUUAAAAGAGGAAAUUGAAGCGCACAAGAGGAAGGGCGAGCGAGCGGCAAAGGUGUCGCUGGCAAGGAAAAGGAUACAAGAUAAGGAAGCAAGUCGCGAGCAGAGGUUUGGGGAAGCUGGCCGGUUCAUAAGGAAGAAUAAAGGACAGCUACUCCGCCCGAAAACGAGGGAUAGAAAGCACUGGUUCCCUCGCCGAGAAGCGAAGGUAAGCCAGCGAAUGAGGUCGCAGGGAUGCUCAAACAAGGAGUUAGCAAAGUUACUUCUCGAGGCGGAAAUUUAG